AUGAAUAAAAGGAUAUUUAGUUUAGUUUGUAUGGCCUUGUAUGCCCUUUUGGCUGUACCAACACAUUGCUCCGAACAGAAAAUAUAUGAUGUAAGAAAUAAAAGUAUUCGUGGCACUAAAGACAGAAGCAAAAAUAACGAAACACAAUUAAAGAAUAACAAUCCUAAAGAUGAUGAAGAUGAUAUAGGAUCUAAUUGUUUUGGUAUAUGUAAAAAAAAUAAAAAAAUAAAGCAUAUAGCUAGUAAUGUACCCGUAACUCUUCCAUAUAAUAAAAUAGUUGUAACAUAUUCAAAUAAUGAAUCUCUUCCUACGGCAACAAUGCGGAUGGGACAAAUUCAGCGUGAGUUUGUUCCAAGAGAUCAAAAACAUUUAGAGGAUAUAUUAAAAUUACAAAAAAUGUUCGAAGAACUAUAUUCAAAUAACAAUGAAUCUCUUCCUAAGGAACCAUUGAAUAUAUCAAAGGGUAUGAACGACGUUUUUGCAAAAACCUAUAUAUUUUAA